AUGUCUACUGUAGAUCGUCUUGUCGAAGACCUGGAAAAUAUUUCCGCUGGCACAUUCCCCAACGAACAUGAACGGGCUCGCCUUAGGGAUGCGCUUUCCAAGGCUCUAGCCAAAAUCCAGACGCCGUGGGAGACCAUCUGGAACCACAACUGGGAGAAUCCAGUUACCCAGUCUUGUGUGAGAAGCCUGAAUUAUGCGGGUGUCUUCACGCACUGGGCAAAAGACAACUCGCCAAAGUCGUGUGCUGAGCUGGCUGCCCUUACUGGAGCCGAUGAAGUCCUACUUCGUCGCAUGAUGCAUCAGAUUGCGGGGCAUCAUCUUGUGAUUGAGGUCAGCAAAGACGUUUACGUUCCAACACCAUGGGCCCGCGAGUUAGGGGCCAAUGAAGAACUGUCAAACAUCUACGGCACAUUCUUCAGAGAAAUCAACGGACCCAUGUUUUUGUCUUUGCCUCUACAUUUGAAGACUACGGGUUUCAGAAACCCCACCGACGGCGAUGACUGCAACUGGCAAUUCCUCAAGGGUCCUGGCACCAGCUUCUUCGGAGACAUUGAUACCGACGCAGAGCUCAGGAAAGCGUUUGGCGACACGAUGAAGAGCCACUCCCACAACAACCUGACACCAUGGACCGAGAUAUACCCCACCAAAACAAUACUUGAGUCAGCCAAGGACGACGGUCCCCUUGUCGUUGACAUUGGCGGAAGCAGAGGCCAUGAUCUGAUCAAGUUUCUCCAAUACCAUCCUGAUGCUUCAGGGAGAUUGGUGCUUCAGGACCUGCCCAAUAUCUUGAACAAUUUGACUCUGGAAGGGAUCAUCUUGCAACCGUGCGACUUCUUCGAAUCCCAGCCUACAAAAGGGGCCUGUGUGUACUUUAUGCACAACGUCUUGCAUGAUUGGGAUGGAGAGCAGGCAAUUACUCUUCUUACGAACAUUGCCAAUGCAAUGGAGAAGGGAUAUUCCAAGUUGUUAAUCCAUGAGAGCAUGCUGAGCGACGAGAAGCCGGCAGCUCGAGUGGCAACUUCAGAUAUCACCAUGAUGGCUUGUUUGGCGAGUCAAGAGAGAACAGAGGCCGAUUUCUCAGACCUUCUUCAGAGUGUGGGCCUUCGUGUGUCGAAAAUUUGGCGGGGAGACCUGGUUGCAGAGAGUAUCAUUGAGGCUGUUCUGGAAGAUGACUAG